AUGCUCCCCAAUUCUCACCCUCCCUCAUCCUAUCUCUUCAGUAGAUGGUCGAGAGAGCAACUCUUAAAGAAUCUUGAGAUCUUGGGUCCUCUCGCAGCACCGCUGCCACCAGACCUCCCUCCGUCACCCCCCGCAUCCCGGUCAAACUCCCCUAGUGCACCACCCACCAAGAGAAAGCAUGAAUCAUCACAGGAACAUGACGUCGUUAAGCGUUCCAGAACAAACGGGCUACCAGAGAAGCCCUCAUCACAUCACCAUCAUCACUACCACCCACCACCACCACCCCCUUCGCAACCGCUCAGGUCCUCAAAUGCAGUUCCUUCAUUCAACUUGCGUUCUGAGCCAUCAGAGGAUGGCGAAGUACGAGAAGAUACCACUGCCGUGACGCCCCGGGGUCCGGCGCCUGCAGUUCUAUCAACCACUGUGCCUGUGCGGCGUCCGCGGCGCGGACGUCCAGCACUCACCUCCUUCGAUGAAAUGCAUGAUACAUAUCACAAGUAUGGUAGAAUGCUCAAGUAUUCUGGCGAUGCUCGCUUCUGGUCCACAUAUCCUGCCACACACAAGGAGUACCGUCCACUGGUUAAUCCCCCGCCUCCAAAUUCUCCUUAUCAUAAGCAUGGAGGGCUCAUAGCGCGGCUCGAGCUCGUGGACGCACUUGUAUGCUUCACUUACUCAUUGUGGAGCAAGGAUUUCAGCAGGAAAUCGUGCUUCCGUGAGACUUGGGCCACUAUCGAGGCAUUCCUUGGGUGGUGUAAAAAUAAAUGGAUCGCUGAGCUUGAUACGAUUGGCGAUCGUGAAAAAGCCCUCUUGGGCUUGAUCUGGAUGAUUGAAGGAUUCAUCCAUGGGCGAAAGUUCUUUUUUUCAGCAAAGACCGUCAUAGAACCUGAAAUGGACCGCAUAUGGGCGAAAAUGAAGACUGAGAUGAUGAUCCUCAGCAGCAAUGCGGAGAAAGCGGAUGGACAGCCUACACCACCAAUGCUUCCUUCCCCCGCAAGCAUAGCUCCUGUCAAUAGUGCAAAUUCUACACCCAUAAACAACAGUGCGAGCGGCACUCCGAGUGUGAACACCUCUAGCGGUAUCAAUCUGGCGAACUCGCCCGCUCCCUCGCGUUCAGCACCCCCGAUUUCUACCGCACUCCCACAGUAUAUGCAUGGUCUUUUGCCUCAGACAGCCAAGGGACAGACUGCGAGCUACAAUAUGGUCGAAGCAGCCGCCAAGGCAACAGCGCCCAUUAAUCCCGCGCUUGCGUUUAACGUCAAGGAGCUAUCCGGUGGCGUUAUGGCUGCAGGGUACUGUAUGGAGUAUGCUCAACGCACUCUGACCCUGCCCAUACUGGCACGGCAUUAUCCCACGACAUUUGCCCGGAUGAUGAGUUCGAGUCUGACCGCGCACGAAGAACACGAACCUGACAUCGAGGAUGAGGAAGGGGAACUGUUCUGGCCUGGCCAGUGUGUAACUGGAGAGGGCCUCGGCUGGGUUUGCCUGAUGGGUAAAGCCAUGAUCAAAGAAUUCGGCCGAGACAUUGGCUAUCUCGGACUUGCCGGCGUCGUCCCCAAGCCUGCUCCUGGACCGAUAACAGGCGACUCAUCCCGGCACGCGUCUGUACUCCGGUAG